GCCCGGUCACAUAAAGGAGCGGGCACAACUGGGGCGGCUCUUUCCUGGGUGGGGUUUGUGAAGUCGUGGCCCGUUAGCAGGAAGCUGAGCAGUUGCCUCGAGGCUACCGAGGGACUCAAUCCGAGCCCCCAGUCCCCAGAGUGCGAGCCCUGUGUACUGCGCGUUCAACGCUGUCCUACAGCUCCCAGCCAAACUUUGCCAACUCAACCUCCUUUGCCGUCACCAUGCCCAAGACGAUCAAUGUACGUGUGACCACUAUGGAUGCAGAACUGGAGUUUGCCAUCCAGCCCAAUACCACCGGCAAACAAUUGUUUGACCAGGUGGUGAAAACUAUUGGCCUGAGGGAAGUUUGGUUCUUUGGUCUGCAGUACCAGGACACUAAGGGUUUCUCCACUUGGCUGAAACUCAAUAAGAAGGUGACUGCCCAGGAUGUGCGGAAGGAAAGCCCCCUGCUCUUCAAAUUCCGGGCCAAGUUCUACCCUGAAGAUGUAUCUGAAGAACUGAUCCAGGAUAUCACACAGCGCCUGUUCUUCCUGCAAGUAAAGGAGGGCAUUCUCAAUGAUGAUAUUUACUGCCCACCCGAGACUGCUGUGCUGCUGGCCUCCUAUGCUGUCCAAUCCAAGUAUGGUGACUUCAAUAAGGAAGUUCACAAGACUGGUUACUUGGCAGGGGACAAGUUGCUGCCACAGAGAGUCCUGGAGCAACACAAACUCAACAAGGAACAGUGGGAGGAACGGAUCCAGGUGUGGCAUGAGGAGCAUCGGGGCAUGCUCAGGGAGGAUGCUGUCCUGGAGUAUCUGAAGAUUGCUCAGGACCUGGAGAUGUAUGGUGUGAACUACUUCAGCAUCAAAAACAAGAAAGGCUCAGAGCUGUGGCUGGGAGUGGAUGCUCUGGGUCUCAACAUCUAUGAGCAGAAUGACAGACUGACUCCCAAGAUAGGCUUUCCUUGGAGUGAAAUCAGGAACAUCUCUUUCAAUGACAAGAAAUUUGUCAUCAAGCCCAUUGACAAAAAAGCCCCGGACUUUGUCUUCUAUGCUCCCCGGCUGCGGAUUAAUAAACGGAUCUUGGCUCUGUGCAUGGGGAACCAUGAACUAUACAUGCGCCGUCGCAAGCCAGACACCAUUGAGGUGCAGCAGAUGAAGGCACAAGCCCGGGAGGAGAAGCACCAGAAGCAGAUGGAGCGUGCUCUGCUGGAAAAUGAGAAGAAGAAGCGUGAGAUGGCAGAAAAGGAGAAGGAGAAGAUUGAACGAGAGAAGGAGGAACUAAUGGAGAAGCUGAAGCAGAUUGAGGAACAGACUAAGAAGGCUCAGCAAGAACUGGAAGAACAGACCCGCAGGGCUCUGGAACUUGAACAGGAGCGGAAACGUGCCCAGAGUGAGGCUGAAAAACUGGCCAAAGAGCGUCAAGAAGCUGAAGAGGCCAAGCUGGCUCUCCUGCAGGCUUCUCGGGACCAGAAGAAGACCCAGGAACAACUGGCCUUGGAAAUGGCAGAGUUGACAUCUCGGAUCUCCCAGCUGGAGAUGGCCCGACAGAAGAAAGAGAGUGAGGCUGUAGAAUGGCAGCAGAAGGCUCAGAUGGUACAAGAAGACUUGGAGAAGACCCGUGCCGAGCUGAAGACUGCCAUGAGUACUCCUCAUGUGGCAGAGCCUGCUGAAAAUGAUCAGGAUGAGCAGGAUGAGAAUGGGGCAGAGGCCAGUGCUGACCUGCGAGCUGAUGCCAUGGCCAAGGACCGCAGUGAGGAGGAACGUACCACUGAAGCAGAGAAGAAUGAGCGUGUGCAGAAGCACCUGAAGGCCCUUACUUCAGAGCUGGCCAAUGCUCUCGAUGAGUCCAAGAAGACAGCCAAUGACAUGAUCCAUGCUGAGAACAUGCGACUGGGCCGAGACAAAUACAAGACCCUGCGCCAGAUCCGGCAGGGCAAUACCAAGCAGCGCAUAGAUGAGUUUGAGUCCAUGUAAUGGCACCUAGCCUCUAGAGACCCCUCCUCCCUUCUUCCUUGCCCCCAGACUCCUAUACUCUCGCCUAACUCACACUGUGCUGGAGCCACUAACUAGAGCAGCCCUGGAGUCAUGCAAAGUGUUCACUGUAGCCAUGGAACAAACCCUAGUCCCUCAGCCCCAUUUAUUUCCCUGGGCAGAGAAAUAGCUCACCUUGGUGCCAAUGGGAACCUCUUUUCCCUCUCUGUCCCAUUCAAUCUAAAUUGCUAAAACAGACCACUCCUACAGCUCAGAGGCACUUCCCACUUGAUCUGGGAAACUUCCCUACAUUUACUGUUGUUCUCUUGGUGUCAAUUGUUGAGUAGAUUGAAAACUACUAGUAACUCCCACCACUCCCUUCCUUUUCAGGGUCCUGUGAUUUGAUGAAUUGGAGCAUUACAGGGUUUGGGAAAGGAGACAGGGCCCUGGCUACAUGCUCUAUGAUGUCAAGUGCCCAUUACUUCUAGAGUUAUUUAGGCUUUAUAAUGAUUAGAGGCUUUAAAGAUGUUCAGUUAUUCUCUCUACCUCCCAGAUCGGGCCUGUUACAAACUCAGUCCCGAUAAGCCUUGUCCUUCACUUCAGGGACUCAGUUUUUCCCUAGGUUGAGGUGGGGAAGACAGUGCCUUCAAGGGACUUUACUAACAUCUUAGAAGGCUAUUUGCCAUUCUGUCCAGGCAAGGCUGGAUAGAAGAUCCUUUCCCCAAGGUUAUAUGGGAGCCUAGGCUUGUUUCAAAUUAUCUCCAUGGGCCCAAGUAUCCCUUAUUAUUCUGGGUUACUCCUCCCUUCUUGGGAUUUGCUUCUCCUCAUUCAAAUCCCCUCCUGUAAAACAGUAGGGUAGUUACCCAAAAACUCACACAGUACUAUCUAGGACUUGCCAGAGGGAGGAAAUAUUCACACCUGGCUUCCAUAUUUUCCCUGCCAUAUUUUCCCAAGCCACUUCUCUUACCAGGGCUACUUGGGCCACACACCUUGGUAUGGUGAGCUCUAGAUGUUGAUGCCAAUUGGUGAGUGGAUAGAAGAAGCUGAGUGUGGUAAGAGAAGUCCAUGGCCUGGAACCCAGUUUACUUGACUCCAUCAUGUGCCUAAUAGCCCUUCCUGUCACCUAUCUCCAAGCUGGAGACUGGGACUUGCCUAUGUUUAACAAACCUCUAACCCAGAUCUUGCUACCAGCUGUGCUGUCCGUUAGAGCUGUAAACCAGAAAACUAUUGGGGACUCUGGCCUUUCACAGUCCUACCCCUGACUCUCAGCUAGGAGUAGCCUCUUCCUUCACUCUGUUGCAUGAGUGUCCUUUUUUUUUAUUCUACCAGUAUUAUACAUUCUAGUGGCAUCAACUCAAUAUUAAUUUCUGAAUGUCUUGCUAAUUAAUCCUUUGAAGGUCGGAGCAGAGUCAUUUUGGCCAAAUUCCCUUACCACUCCUACACCUGGGAAUCAUAUACUAUAUUAUAAAAGAAUAUUUUUCCAGAAACAUUAGUAUAAGGGGCUUUCAGUAUUAGUGAUAUCACCUGUUACUGUAGGUCAUACAAUCCUUCUUAAAGUACUUCACAUUUGGUUUUAUUGUUCCUUUUUUUCCUUCUCCUCAAAGUUUGGUCCAUAAGGGGCAUACUGUCCCUGCAUGCAGUGUCCCUAGCCCAGAACUCAUGGCUUUGACCCCUCCCCACUUUUCCUUACUUCCGCCUGACCUUGGGGAGUUUUAUGUGCAUUGCUGUGAAUUAUGUUGACACUUUCUUGGUAAUAUGCUGUAGAUUGGCUAAAUUUAAACCUGGAAUUGUGGGGCAAUCUAGCUGCCUUAAGAUCAGUAACCCACCCCCAGAGAGGCUGGGGAGAAAAGUUAGAUUUUGUAUUCAGGUUUUGGGAUAUGUAUUUUUGAGGUUUUUAAAAUUUGUUGUUGUUGUUUUGUGUUUUUGUUUUUUGUUUUUUUUUUUUGGAGGGGUUUAUGCUCAACCCAUGUUCUCUUUCAUUGCCAAUAAAAUUUAGGAAGACUUCA